CACCCAUUACUGGUACGUUUGGCCUCCUUUCCUUUCUACAUUUUAUUGUAGAUAUGACAAUUUUUAGUAGGUGGAACGCACUCACCAAAAUGCAUUACCCUGAACAGAAUGUCUACAUGUUAUAAUGUAAGAUAUUGAUAUCUGUUGGGAGAAGGCAAUUGCAUGAGGGAAGUGUCAGUUAGGUGUUAGGCAGUAAAAGAUGAGUUAAUAUAGAAAACUAGAAAUCUCACUUAACUUUCUCCUAAUUCUCGUCAUUCCUUUUGCUUUCUACCAUAUGUUUAUUACAGCACAAUCUACUACUUAAACUGUGGGUUGCUGUUGGAUGCUGUUCAUGCAAAAACUCACUCUCUUCUUUUAUCCUUUUAUGAAUGGCUGCAGGAGGGGCAGAUCAAAACACUCCUGGUUUAGGGUACAAAAGCACAAUGGACUGCACCCAUGAUUCUGACCAUAAGGUUAACAAUCAUCACAGGCUGAGCAUUGAGGCGGCAAGCUUUGGGUCGCCUAAGCUGCCCAAGGCUGUAACCCCGGUUUCUGUUUCCCCUGCACCGGAAGGGGAAGCUGUUAGGCGCCCUAGGGGAAGGCCAGCUGGCUCGAAGAACAAGCCGAAGCCACCAAUCAUUGUCACUCGAGACAGCGCCAAUGCCCUUCGUGCCCAUGCAAUGGAGGUCAGCUCUGGCUGCGAUGUGAGUGAGAGCCUAGUCAACUAUGCGAGAAGGCGGCAGCGUGGGAUAUGCGUCCUCAGCGGUAGCGGGUAUGUGACCAAUGUCACGUUGCGGCAACCAACCUCGUCUGGGGCCAUAGUGACACUCCAUGGCCGGUUUGAGAUUCUUUCUCUGCUUGGCUCAAUCCUGCCACCUCCAGCGCCAUCUGGAAUCACGGGCCUGACCAUCUACCUGGCCGGUGCCCAGGGCCAAGUGGUUGGUGGUGGAGUGGUUGGGGCGCUGAUAGCUUCCGGUCCUGUGGUGGUGAUGGCAGCAUCGUUCAUGAAUGCGACUUUUGAUAGGUUGCCUUUGGAUGAGGAUGAGAUUGCUGCAGCUGUUGUGCAGCAGAAUCAGCACUACCAGAACGGCGGUCGUCACCAUCACCACCACCAUCACCUUGAUGUUUCUGAUGUGUGUGGUGGAGUGCCGCAUAACUUGCUGGCUAAUGGUCCAACAAACCAUCCUGAGAUUUAUUCCUGGGCUGCUGGUCGAGCCAUCUCCAAGUCCUAGGCAGCCUGCUUUCAGCUGCUUCCCUCGUCCUAGCAGCUCGGCUGGUUACUCGGGAUCCCGAUUAUUUCAUUUUCUGAAGCCUAAUAGUUUUUUUUUCUUUCUAAAAUGUUGUUUGCUAUGCACCAAUGCGUAAACUAAGUAACUAAGUUAUGAAAGACAAAAAAUAACCGAAAAAAGAACAAAGACCGAUUGUACUACUUAUGAGUUGCACUUUACAGUGCUCUCUCUAAAGUAGAAUGCUGCAGUUUCUCGUCGACUAAAAAAAUUUAUGAAUUUGCCACCAGCUCUGAAGUUCUUGCGGAGGAUUAUCUUUCUUCUUUGACUCCCAUACCCAUUAGUGGCUUCCAAAUCUGGGAAGUACGGGUGCAACCAUUCCUACCAGAUUGAAUUGACAUUGACUGAAUUAUGGGAUCAGGUCAUUGACUGAAUUAUGGUAUCAGGUCAGUAAUCUUAUGGUCAUUAAUCAUGAGAAAUUCGUCCACAUCAGCAUGAUAUUAAUCCCUAUGUUUGGCCCGGCUUUUAGAAGUGCUUUUCGGUUUCAAAAGCUGAAGCAGGGGCCAAACACCUCUAAAAGCUCGACUUUUGAAAAGUCGAAAAGCGCUGCGAAAAGCUGGUUUGAAAAUACAAUAUUAUCCUUACCAUAUUUUAAUUUUAUUUCAGAAAAUAUAAUUUUUCUUCAUUUAUAUCAUUUUAAAAAUAAAAUAAAUUAUAAAAUCAUAUUAUUUAAUAUAAAAAAAAUCUAACAAGAUCCAUUUUGACUACUUUUUAUUGUUUAAAAUUUUUAUUCAUAUUUUGUAUUAUAAGUCCUUUAUAGUCAUUUUCACAACCUCGCAUAUUAAAAAGCAUUUCUAAUAGUUUUACAGCCAAACAAUCAACUGCUUUUUUUGAAAAGUACUUAUCUAAAAGCUACCGCCAGGAGCUGCUUCUGCAAAAGCUACAGCAGGGCCAAACUAAGCUAAUAUCCCUAUCUCUUCUGGAAAGUCUUUUAUCUUUUCCUCUUUAAUCUUUAACGGACGAUUUCUUUCUCGUUUUAAGUCGAUUUUUUUUGCACAGAUAAAUCAGAUUAAAUGUGCUCUUUAAAAUGAUAUCCACUUUGAUAUAUUUUUAGUACAAAAAAUUGAAUAAUGUUUUACCAGUCAUUAUCAUAUGGUAUGCUCCUAUUUAAUACCAUAUGGUAAGAAAGCGUAGCAUGAUCAUACGAACAUACCAAUAUGGUAAGUAGGUUGAAUACACAAUAGUAGGAGUAUACUAACUGUCAUUUAUGACUUUCAUCAUUGUUUACUACAAGUUACCACAAGUAACCACCCACAUACCAUUAGGGAUGGCAAUGGGUUGUGUUGGGUUGGGUUUUGCCAAACCCAAAUCCAAACCCAUUGGUUUAUCCGUGAAAAAAAACCCGGGGUAAAACCCACUGGGUUUGAAAAACUCAAACCCAACCCGCUGGGUAUCUGCGGGUUCAUGGGUACCCAUGUGUUUUUGUCAUAAAAAAUUUAAUUUACAAUAACAAGUUCCUAUCAAAAUUAAAGUCAAAUAUCAAUCUCUCAAUACAAAUUAUCCAUAUAUAAAACACCAUUCUAGAAAAUUCAAGCAAAUCACAAAUUAACUAUACAAAUUGUUCAACACCAAUCUAGAAAACUCAAGAUAAUUGAAGCAAAUCACAAAUUAUCCAUAAAUAACAUGAUUAAUUGAAAGCUUCUUCCUUACAAUUAAGUUUCUUCACUCUCUACUCGAAAACAUCAACUUCAUUCUACACAAUUAGAAAGAAGAAAAUUAGUCAUGUCUCUACAAAAAUAAAUAAGAUUAGUUGUUUAGA